CCAUGGGUUACAGACGGAAUUCUCAGAGGUAGAGUGGUCAGCCCCUUUCUGGGAUGCAACAGUGGCAGAGCCUCUUCCCGCCAGGGAGGAAAGGCUCCUAAGACCAACGUUGAUGAACGAGAACACGUCUGUCGGCCGAGACGGGGUGGAGGAAUGGCAGUGGAUGAGGUCAGACGUGCAUGCUUCCUAGCACUACUCGCGCGGCGCACGGCUCACAGUCUCAACGACGCUUUCCGCUCGUGUUGCGACAAGGCCUCGACAGCUGGGGGGACGAGAUGGUAGUCGCUGGGCCACGUCGAUUGCGGCUCGGCGCAGCUGGGAGAGAUUUACUGUGGUGUUCCUCUCCAAUAUCGUCAAGCUGGGUGUGCCCGUGUCGAGCAGCUUCCUCCUUUGCAAGAAAGGUACCAGGAAAUGGCGCUCUCCAGGUCACGGAUCCCCUGCUCUACUACCGUUCCAUGGCUGCCAAGGGCGAAAUCAAGGAAGAUGCCGAACAGAUACGGGUCCUUGUGGAACUGCGGAAGCUGACGAGAGCGUUGCAAGACUACACUCCACCGGCCCACUUGCUCGGCGUGUUGCAGUCCUCGGCGCCGUCUCCGGACCAGCAAGAUCCUUCCUCCUCGCCCGCAACUGACGAAAACAUCAACGCGCUCGUCAAACACCUUUCCGAAGAGAGUUUCGUCGAGUCCUUGGACACACCCCGCGGCCUGCUUCUGACUGGCAAGCCGGGCACCGGCAAGUCCUUUCUCGUCGAUACGUGGUUCGAGUGUUUGCCCGUCCGCGGCAAGUUCCGGAGGCAUUACCAUCACCUGCUCCUCACGAUCUACCGCCUCAUCUGGCUCGAGGCCGAGCGACGGCGGCAAGGCUUUGGCGCUUUCGGAACGCCUGCCGGCGGGGUGGCACCAGAACGCGGUGUCGGUGCCGUCUGGCAGCGCGUGGAAGCAUCCGAAGAAGAUCGAGGGGCCCCCAAGGGCAGACGGAAGAAGUCUCUGGGAGAGUGGGCACAAACAAUCCGGGGAGGGGUGCCUUUUCUGAGGCCGUCACGCGACUCUCCUGUCCCACCGUCGGCCUUUGACGGGACCGACAUUGACGAGGAAGCCCGAAAGGGAAUGGACGUUGUCAAGCUUGCCCAGAUGGAAAGACAGGAGGAGAAUGUGGCAGGAAUGGCGCACGGCAUGGGUACCACGCUGCCGAUGCAUGUAGCCGCCCAGCUGUUCUUGAGCUGCGGUCACGUACUCGUCUUUGACGAGAUCCAGUUGCUCGACAUUGCGUCGGCUACGCUGCUGAGGAGGAUCUUGACCUCCUACUGGCGCCUCGGCGGUGUCGUCGUGGCCACGUCGAACCGCGUCCCCGAGGAUCUAUACGCCAACAAUGUGCAACGGAGAAGCCUGGUGGCUUUCCUGGCUGCCUUGAAAGAGAGAUGCCCGGUCGUCGAAGUUGGUGGAAAAGAUUGGCGUGUUGAAAGAUACAAGCAGGGCUGGGGUCCAUGGGCCGAAAUGACAGAGGAGGACAGAAGGAAGACACUCUUUUUCGUCCGGCGAGCUCGUGGAGGACAAGACGACGCCGACUUUGACAACGCAGUCGCUCAACUCAUUGGCGAUCGCAAAUCUGAACCGUCGACGGUGCAGGUCUACAACCGCCAAGUCGCUGUCACUACAUCCUAUUCACAGACUCAGAGCCUGCCCUCAACUGCUUACUUCACAUUCUCCCAGCUCUGCGAUACAGCCCUGGGUCCGGCAGACUACCUGACGCUGGCCUCGACCUAUGGCGCCUUUGUCUUGGAUGACAUUCCAGCGUUGGAUCUGGUCCACCGCAAUCAAGCUCGACGACUGAUCACCCUCAUCGAUGCGCUGUACGAGGCCAAGUGCAAGCUCAUCGUUCGCUCUCAGGUGCCUGUCACGGAGAUCUUCUUUGCCCGAGAGGGACGAGAGGUGCAGCGAGAAAAUGCGCGCAGAGAGCGGCUCGCAUCGGGUGAAGCCACACCAGAGGAGGAGCAAGAGGAGGACAGAAUGGGGACGAGCGAAUUCAUGCAGAGCGAGACGCUGAGUGAGGCCAUGCAGGAUACCGAGGAGGGCUUUCGCCCUAACAUCUCAGCGUACGGACCCAUCACGGACGAUUCCAGCAGAAAAGCAGGGAGAAGGGCUGAGCCUGGUCGAGAAUCCCAAAGGCAGGAGCGUGAGCGCAAGGAAAAGGGCGCACAGGGGGGACUGGCGACGCUCUCGAUCUUUUCGGGCGAAGAGGAGCGCUUCGCCUACCAAAGAGCCGUGUCGAGGCUGUGGGAGAUGUCGCAUCCUUCAUGGAGCCUGCAGAGCUGGAAGCCCUUGCUUGGUACUGACCUGGGCGCAUGGCGAGGCGGCGAGAGCAAGCUCACUUCGAUGAGUGCAUCAAGCAUGAAUGUGGGCAACGGUCCUUUCGGCAAGGCAGCGGACGAUGAAGAGGACUUUGCAGACGAGGCAUCCUAUGCACGGUCCACCUUUCCGCCGUCCUCUCGCUUCGCAGGACUGGGUAUCAACCUCAGCAAGGGCGGCCCAAUCGGGCCGCAAGCCUUUUCAGCUUCGCAGACCGCGCGCGCCUCGGCGUAUGAAGAGGCGGAGCAGGCAACAGCCAGCAGUGCAAAGAAGAGCAGAAGUGAGGGCCCACCCGUACUCAGUGAGGCGCACGUAUGGGGUGUCCGGGACGACUGGGGCCCAAAAGCUGGUCGUUGGGGUCGCGGAGUGAGAGAUCUCGAAGAUGAGGGGCGGGGCGAUGGGCACGAAUCGCCCCGGCAGAGAAGGGCGAGGUUGAGAGAAGAGAGGUUGAGAACGCAAAAGGACAAGAGCGAUUGAUGAUAGAUAGUGCAUGUAAACAGCAUUGCUCCUAGACGGAACGACGAUAUCUAGACAUCAAUGACAUGCUAAUUUCAGAGCUAUUC